CUCCUCUCUCAUGGCAGCUCUGCUAGGUCUGCAGAGUCCUAACUGCACAAACCACCAGACGUCUGGAACAAACCACAGCACAGUGGAGAUGUUUGCACAUCUGACGCACAAAAAGCAAACCGCUCAGACGAGCUGUGAGUUCCUCGUCCACAGUGAUGUGACACACUGAUAAAAUCAAACCAUCACUCAUACCAGGUUUAAUGGGACCUGAUGAAGGUUUAGUGAGUGUACUCUGUCUGAAGAGUGUUUAUGACAGAAAGUGUGGUUCACUUUAAAAUGUCCUGUUUCCAUGACGCCUGAUGGAAUAUCUCACCCUGACAUUCUCUCUCUUGACUCUUCCCUCGUUUAUAUUUUGUUUAGUCUCUACAAGAUUGUUUCUGCAUGAAAAGCAGCAGGUGGAGCUGAGACAUCAUAAACUUCCUGCAUGAACUGAUUGCAGAAGGAGAUCUGGAACAGAUUCGGUUUGUAAUAUUAGAACAUCAGGACGAUGUCUCCCAGCUAAAAACAAAAGAAGAUCUGAUGUCCAAAAUUCAACAUUAAUUGAAUUUCUGAAUUCUUUGAGAAAUUCGUGGAUGCAGAUCAGGAUCAACUCCAAACUAAAACCAGUUCUAAGUCCGAGCAAACAUGCGAUUGUUCAGCGGGUCUGACUUCACGAGUCCAAACCUGGACGUUUUCAAGGACGAUUUAUUCAAUUCGUCAUUCGCUUGAUGUGAGGGGCUUUAGGACCCUGUGGAAGAAGUCUCUGCUGACACACACCUCCUCUGUAUUCAGCGCACAUGCCUCCUCUCUCCUCCUCCUCCUCUCCACCUCCUCUCUGCAGGAGAAUCAUUCUCGGAGCAGACGGACACCUGCCUGCCCGCCUGCCUCUCUCCUCUUACGGCUGUUUUGGAAAUCCGGAGCUUCGCAUCGGGACCCCGCCGCUUCUCAGCCCGCUCAGAGCGCACCCAGAGCGGCUGCGGGACAGCCGCGGGGGUCGCUGUCACGCCUGGAUGCGCAGAUGGGUGGAUGAACGGCUCUCGUGUCUCACCUUGGGAGGUGAGUAUGUGCGCGUGUUUGUGUGUGUGCGCGUGUGGCUAUCACCGUGCUGACGUCAGAGCCGGUGAGUGUCGGUAUUCGGGUCUACGAUGAGGUUUUUUCUGUAAACAUCCGUGCACGUGCGUGUGCGCGGUGUCCAUGCACGUGCGCCUGUUGGUGGUGAUGGUGGGGGCGCAGCUUUGAAGAUGAGCUUUAUUAUUAAUGUGCUGUGGAUUAUUUGAUGUUUCAGCUCAAAGAGUCACAAAUACACCAAAAACGUCAGGAACACCUCCAACACCACAGCCAAGGAAGCACCAGCAGGAAACACCACAAUAUCUGACGACUGUAUGGAGGGAGGGCCGAGGCACGAAAUCCUUUAUUAGAGCUCUAAUAUACCAGGUGCUUCAGGUGUUUAAGGUUUCACACACGCUGCUGACGUCACAUAUUCCAAACAGACCAUCAUCAGGUCCAAAUAUGAAGCCGCAAACACAGCAGUGCAGACAUGUCCCCGUAUGUCAGACUGUCCUCCUGCUGAUGGUUUCCUGCCAAAACAUAAAAGGACCUCAGGUGUUUAUCGAGGCAUCUCAUGGGAUGCAGGAUGCAGCUCAGCAGCAAAGUUCAGUCCACAAUGCCUGACCCUUGACCUCUGACCUCUCUGAGAGACCCCUCGAGGAGGAAACGAGUUCUGAGGAGAGAUGGAAGGUGGAGGAGACGAGGAGAGCCGAGGAGAAGAGACUGAAACCUCCUCCGGGCUUGGGAGAGUCUCACAGAGAGGAGGAGGAGAAUCCUGCAGACAAAAUGGCCUGAUCAACACGCACAGGCUGGGGGCGGAGCCCCAGGAGGCGCUGCUGUCAGUGUACUCUGCUCCUCAGUAUCAGGGUCAUGUGGUGAUGAGCACCUCCACUCAGCAGGAGCACAGCAGGGGUCCUCCCCAGCUUCUGAACCCCAGCACUCUCCUACCCCACCAUGGGGUGCCAGACCCUGGCCUCAGGCCGGCCCCCGGCCUCUUCCUGUGCCCAGAGAGUGUCCUGCGGGCCUGGGGGGAGGCCGGGGGAGGCGACUGCUGUGAGACCACCUUCAUCGAGGGACUUGGACCAGAAGCCUCCUCUUCUUCUGCCGCCCCCACCUCCACAAAGGAGGUGCUGCUGUUCACUGAUGGGAAGUAUCUGGAGUUUUCUGGCGAGGAGGCAAAGAUUCACAGGCUGUCCUAUGACAUCGACGACGAUGAAGACUUCCAGGAGCUCGAGAGCGAUUACUCCAGCGAAUCAGAGAGCGAGGACGCCUUCCUGCUGAUGCCUCCCAGAGAUCACCUGGGCCUCAGCGUCUUCUCCAUGCUCUGCUGCUUCUGGCCGCUCGGCAUCGCCGCCUUCUACCUGUCGCACGAGACCAAUAAGGCGGUGUCCAAAGGAGACUUUCACCUGGCCAGCUCCAGCUCCAGGCGGGCUCUCUUCCUCGCCGUCCUGUCAAUCACCAUCGGGACAGGUAUCUAUGUGGGCGUGGCCGUGGCGCUCAUCGCCUACCUCUCCAAGAACCACCACUGGUAGCCUAAGAUCACGGAGCGAACCCUCACCUUCCCCUGGAGUUCAGCUCCCCAGUGAUUGUUUCCAGCAUUUUGGCCGUCAUCUCAAACUGGAGGAGAACUUCCUGUGAGCGCACGAUGGCGUCGGACAGGCCGCUGUGCUGUUCUGAAGGGCCAAUCGGAUCCAAGGAGAGGAGAUGUGUGAGAAACAAAGAAGAACCAGCAUCAUUUUUUAAAGCUUCUGCUGGCGUUACAGUUUGUUUAAAAGAACAUUUUUGGUGUGAUUACUUUAACUCUCAUUUCCAUCAUCCAAACUGCACUGAAUCAUCACUUUAACUGUAUCUGCAUGAAAAGUUCUUUAUUAUUGUUGGAGGAAGUGAAUCAAAAAGCUUGACUAAACCCUGAAGAUGAUGUUAAUGUUCAGGGUGUAACAGUUUCUCUCAUAGGAAGUUUUUAAUGUCCACAUCAGACGUUCAGCCGGAAUAAAAGGAGGAGGAGUUUAAAGGAAUACCAUCAGCAGCACUAAUAACCAUUUGUGUUAAAUAUUAAUUUAUAUCCUGCACUGUGGCACAGGGAGAGGAAACUUUUUUGGGAUUUUAUUCUUCUUUUGUAAAUUUACUCUCUUCACACUUAAACAAAGACAUAAAAGGCUAAAUGGGACCAAACUGUAACAGUGAUGAUUAACACAAGGUGAGUGUGAAGGGGGAGAUUACCACACACCUGUCCUCAGGUGAAUGUGUGAAAGUGGAUUGGCUGCUUCCUGUUUGCAUAUCAGGACAGUCACAAAGACUUUUUAUUUAUUUAUUUAUUUAUUUAUAUUUUUGGACAAACUCUGGACUUUUUCAUGUGAUAAAAGAGAAACUGCUGAACUCUUGUUUUUUCUCCCCGUGUGGAUUUUCUGUCAGCUGAUCCGAUGACAUUGACCUCAUCAUUGGUCCUUUUGGCUUUAAACCAACACAGAAACACCCACAACCCACCAGCUUGUACGCCGGUGUCCGAGGGUAGACUCACAUCUUUCACCUGUCACGGUCUCUGCAGGUUUAGCAUCUGGAGGUCAGGCUGGGACUUCAUUUAACAUCUGUGUACAGUUUGGUCAUGAAAUAUGGACAUACAUUCAUUUAUUAUUCUUUCUUAUUGUCUUUUUUUUAUGCACACUGAUGUUUUCUCUUUAAAAAAGUCUACAGACUUCUGGUCCAGAAUCAGGACAUCUCAGUGAAAACUGAAUAUUCAGCAGAAAACCUUCAAAGACGUUGGAAGUGUUGUAAGGGUGGCUCUAAUGCAAGACCCUGUUUGGUGGAUGUGUAAGACAGGUACUCGGGUCCUCGUCAUGUCGUAGUCAUGUGUAGACAUUCAGAAAAUUUUAUGUAAGACUAUUGGUGCAGGAACGUUGUUGGAGUUUUUUUCCGGGAUGUUUCUGAGUCCAAAUAAGUUUGUCUGGAUGUCCAACUACAGAUAUUUGUCUAGAACUUUUAUUUUUUUGUUUGUCCAGAGAUCUAAUUUUGAUUUUUGGGCUGGCCCCUCUUCUACACCCUUGGUACUGCGGGUCCAGUUUGUUGGUGGACUUUAAACGAAAAACAGAAAUCCUUUGAGUGAUAUGGGAAUAUAUGUGAAGAUUUGGAUUUCAUCUAUUUUAGAAAUCUGCAGUCUUUAGAUGUCCACAGUUUUAAACUUGUUUUAGAUGUCCACUGAUGUGUAAACGUACUGUGGAAUCUACAUCUGGGUCAAACUUAAUUCAGAGGUUUAAAAACAUCCACUCAAGUUUCAAUAUGAGGGCAUCAAUCCAGGAUUGUUGUUGCAAGUCUUUAAGUCUCAGUCUCCGUGGUGCAGACCCCCUUUAUCUUUUGGUAAACAAAACCUCGGGUCUAUCUCUUUGGUCCUGAUAUUUGUUGGACACGAUGUCCGUUCAUAAUCUUUGCUGAAGGCCUUCAGAAAUCCAAGAGUCUCAAAACUGAUGUUGAAUCUCCACCAACAUCUGAAACCAGUUUGGUGUUUGCAUGUCUGCACACUCCUUUUUAGGAAGUCCACCCAGGUCCUAUACUGAAGGCUGUACAUUUCCAAAACAAACUGAGUGUUCAUGGUGAUCCUUCAUAGAGAAAAUGUUAAACAUACAUAUCAGCUAUACAGGCUUUGUGAAGGUCCAGGGUCAUUGACUCAAGUCCAUCCAGCACUUGUGUUGGAAGUCUUUAAAUGUGAAACCGACUGUGUGAGUCAUUAUUUCUACAUUUCUACAAACCUUCACAGCUGCAAUGAAACCAGACAAAAGAACACAUACACACGUUCCUGAAACUCUGAUAACAAUCACUGCUGUCAGACCCUGAACAAUUAUCUGUUUAAUGACUCCGCCCACCUAGGAGGACCAUCUACCACACCUGAUUCACUGCUAAGCUAACCUUCAAGCUAAUCGGGCUCCCUCUGACUUCAGACCAUUGGAUAGAGUCUGCAAACACUGAGUGGAUAAUAAAGCCCGUUUUUAAUGAUAGUGAAGUCAGACUGAAACAGUCGUUGGCUGUUAUGGAUUUCUAAAAUUCACAAGAUUAGUCCCGUGCAUUUCUUUACUGAAAUCAAGCAGAAUGACCCUUUAAUUAGAGGUUCACGGCGUCUUCAGGUUUAAGCUGCAGGUGUGGCUCUGAAGGUGUUCAUAUGGGUGCUUUUGCUUGCCGUGCAGGAGUACAGUGACGGGUGUUUAAACCCCUGAUAACAGCAGCCACUGGGUAACGUAACGAGGUGUUGAUUGCAGAACCGUUCCUGAUUCUUAGAAAGCUGCGGUGCGCUUUAUCAGCCUGGACUGGAAACAGGAAACGGUUCAUCCUCGGCAGCUUCAAAGUCUGGGCUAAAGGGCUGCAAACAUCAUCACACAUGCUGUCCGCACACGCUCACUGAAGGUGUUUGACUUUAACUGAGAUUAGCAUCUGCUGAAUGUUUCAGAUUGAACUCAUGGAGCGUCCUCUUAAUAAAAGUCAGAAUUAAAGGAGCUUUCUGUCAAACCUCCCUGUUCGCUGUCUGUCAGUUGUUUGACUCUUAGCCUAACAUGCUAAGCUACAUGAGCUUAUAACUUCCUGCCCAGCUCCAAAUCAAACAGAGCUGCUCUGGUUGGCUGUUUUUUAAAGACUUCCUGGACUUUAAGUGCUCGCUAAUAAAAAUGUAAAUGUU